GAGGAACUCUUAACGGGCAGCAGCCGAUGGCAUCAAAAAGGACAGUGUGGGGUGUUUCGGAAGGUGAGGGGUUACACUACCGUUUGGUGAACGUGAAAGCGCAAUCAACCAAAAUGGUGGGUGACAUUGCAGAGGAAGCUGGUCGCAAGCAAAGAGGUCGUUAUGAAGCCAAACUACUGUCGGUGGUAGAUGAUAACUUGCUGAUUGAAAAAUUUGAAUAUCCCUUUUUGUACAACACGGUAUUGGCAGAAACACCUGAUGCCAUCAAGCCAGUCUCCGUCACCCUGGAUGUGGAAACAGCGCAUCUGCUGCUCGAGGUGUCUGAGGAUCGAAAGAGGGUGAGACUGCGCGGGACACGGAGGAGUCUCCCAGACACCGGGAAGAGGUUUACAGGCUGGCGUUGUGCGCUGGGAUCGGAGGGAUUCACAUCGGGGAGACAUUACUGGGAGGUGGAGGUGGCGGGGAGUCGGCGCUGGAGUCUGGGAGUCGCCGCAGAAUCUGUGGAGAGGAAGAAACGAGCCACACUGACCCCGGAGACUGGAGUCUGGCGCAUCGGGCGGUGGGGUGACGGGUUUGUUGCGUUCGCCUCCUUUCCAUCCCCUCUCCCCGCCCGUUCCAUCCCCGGGAGAAUGGGAAUUUAUCUCAGUUACGAGUCCGGGACAGUUUCAUUUUACGACGCGGACACCAAGUCCCAUCUCCACGCCUUCACUAGGAAUAAAUUCACGGAGAAACUUUAUCCUUUCUUCGAGCAAUGGCAUGAAGACCAGUGGCUGAGAAUCUGUUCCGUUUCCGCUCCGGGUGUGUAACACAGUCACAUUGAACAAACAAACGUUUGCAAUAUCCCUCGAGAAGAGAAGUAUAUUGCGUAAUUGAUCUAUGAAAUGAACUAGAUUACUGUAAGCAGUUUGUUUAACGGAUCGUGACUGUUGUGGUGAAGAGGCAUCACACUAAUUAACGCGGCGGAUCUUGCUUUCCUGCAUAAAAGCUUCUCCACGCAAACGCCAAUAAAAUCGUACAUUGAAAUGCUUUGGUCCUAACACACGGAAAAUGCCACGUCUGACAAUUUUCGAUAUAGA